CCGGUGCCCCAGCCGCCACAUCGACCUUCCCGACGCCACGUCCAUCAAACCUAUCGCCUGCAGAGCAAAGCGGUCUCCUGCAGAAGAGCUCACCUCCUCCCUGACGAAAGCAGCAAGGCGACCGCUCAGGCGACGCGGUGUGGGAUCGGUCGCUCCACUCCCCGCAGGACCAGCAGACCCAACAAAAGCCGGCGGCGCAAGGGCGCGAACGAGCAACGAAGCGCGGUAAAGGGAGAAGGGAAGCGCGCGAACCAGGGCAGUGGAGGCGCGGCGCGCGAACAAGAGGAGAAGGCGGCGCACCCUCGUCCUCAGCCCGCCGUCGACCUCGUCGAUUCAAGCUCGCCGUGCAAGCUGCAAUGGAAUACCGUCCUCCUAAUGGUUUCAUGAGCUUCCUUCAAGGCCAAAGUCAUCCAAACUUCACCUUGCCAGCCCCUCAGCGGCUUGGUUUCCAAUACCCAAUGUUCUGCACGCAACCGCCGCCACCACCAUCCAAGCACCACCCUCUUCCAUCAACGUCUAAUCCCAGGAACACAACUCCAUCGAACAAGCGAAAACGUGUCAGAAUCGAUGUGGAAGCAGAUGAUGAAGAUAGACAGAGGUUGUACUAUACAAAAGAUGAGGACCUCAGAUUGGUGAGUGCUUGGUUAAGAAAAUCUGUGAAUCCAAUCGAUGGGAAUGCCACAAAGGGGGAAUACUACUGGAAGGAGGUUGUUGAUACAUACAACAGCACAACAGAGAGUGAUCGACAAAGGGAUGUGAAGCACCUCAAGAACCAUUGGUACAAAACAACAAAGAAGGUAACCUCUUUCAAUGGCUGCUAUAACCAGAUGAGAGAUACCUAUGCGAGUGGCCGGUGUGAUAAACAAUUGAUGCAGCAAGCGCUAGACCUGUACCAAAGCCGCAAUGGGCACCAGUUCCUGUAUGUGCAUUGGUGGGAAGCUGUGAAAGAUAGCCAAAAGUGGAAGAUUCAUGUAUACACAAAAGGAGAUGGAACGAAGAGGUCAGCACCAAUACCAACUGAGAAUGCUCAGCGUCCCCCAGGAACAAAGAGGGCGAAGAAACCUACAGGAAAAGAUAAGGAAGCCCCUACUGAGAUGAAUAACAUGAAAGAACAGAUUGAGGCCUUUCUACAAGCACAAGCUGAUGCUAAGGAGCGAACUGCUGAGAUGAUGGAAUUGCAGAGUCGACUGUCUGCUCAGAAGGUAGAAGCUAAUCGACUUGCAUAUGAGGCAGCAAAGGAGAGGACAGUGGCCAAGUUAGCAGAGGAAAGAACCAAGUUGUUUGACAAGUUCACAGAUAUGUUGAGUGCUGACACAACAAGAAUGGAGCCAUGGGCAAAGGAGAUGCAUAUGAAGGCUGUUACAAGAUUGGGGGAUCAACUUUUCAGGGAGGAAUAGAAGAUGUUCUACAUAUAUGUCCAAGAAAAGCGGAUUUCAUGUGCCAGGAAGCGUAGAAGAUGUGAGACUUUUUUUUGGAAUGAGAAGAAUCAAAGGAUACAACAAAAAAUUCAGUCUGAAAUUUGAUUUGUGUGUUUACAAAUCUUUCCUUUAUGGGUAUUUGAAAACCUUAAGAUUAUUCUGUUACUAUGGGAUUUUACAGUGUCAUGGACAAGACAUACUCGUUGACACUGUUUGCAUAUCAAGAUUGCUGAUUUUUGUUUGGAAAUCAAGUUGUUUGAUAACUUUCAGUGUGUAUGCUUAUUGAUAUAGUGUGUAUGCUUGUUGAUAUCAUUGAUUCAAAUGGAUGCUGGUAUUGUUUAAAUGUA